UCCACACUGAGCAUUCUCGAACCCAUUAUAAUUACUCUGAGCAACGUCUUGAGACCGACACCACGCGGAUCGCGUUCGCUGUUGCUCGCGCACAUGAAUAUACAGGGUGAGCGUACGCGCAUAGCCGUUUACACUUUAGCAUUCGCGGUGGAUUAGUCAGUGCGUGCUCAGAUCUAAACGCACCUUAAGAUACCAUAAUUUUUACCCAUGCCUGUGCCAAUUCUUUUACCGUACGAUAUUUGCGUACCUUGGUGUUGGUAGCGCUGAACGUCUGUUAGUGACAGGACACAGAACUGUCACUUGAAGUGACACGUGCAUGACAUUUCCAUAUUUUUGAAAGUAUACAAAUCGUAUAUACUUUCUAGUUUUUAGCUGUAAAUUUAUAUCACAAAUCACUAGCUACAUUGAGAUGGUUGUUGAGGAAGAAAAUCAUAAUAAUGAAGAGAAAUCCAAGAAAGUUGAACAAGUAAAGCCUUUCACUCUGGAAAUAUUAAAAUUAAUUAAAGACUGCCAACAACAACAUGGAUUGCGGCAUGGUGACUACCAACGGUACCGAGGAUACUGCUCGCGUAGAAUUAGCAGGUUGCGUAAGGUACUCAAAGUCCCGCAAGGGGAUAAGAAACACUUCAAGAAGAGGGAUGUAACAGAAGCCCAUGUUAUGAACUCUAGAGCUGAUGAGAGAUUCUUGCAUAUACCACUGAUGUUAGCAGAGAGAUGCUGGGCUUAUGCUAUGCAACUGAGACAGGAGGCCAACACAGAGCCUAGGAAAAAGUUCCAUCUGGUGCAAAAGUUGAGAAAGGCUUGUGUCUUUGCUUUGCAGUUGGAUGAACUGUGUAAGGUGGACAGAUGUGAUGCAAGAACUAGGCUUGAGUCCCAAGCAUAUGUGUCUUGGAUUCAUGGCACUUUGCAAUUUGAACUGCAGCUAUGGCAGAAAGCCGCAGAAAAUUUCAAGCAAGCACAAAUUAUUUAUGAAAAACUAGCAUCUGCUUUGCCAGAAGAAGACCAAAUUCCUUACAAGCAAAGAGUGGAAGAAAUAGCUCCGAGUCUUAGAUAUUGUGCUUAUAAUAUUGGAGAUGAGAAGGCUGUGGACUUGUUAGAAUUGAGAAGCCAAGGUGUGCUGGAAACAUUUGAUGCUUUAGUGUCUCAAACCAAGGAGAAAACAGCAGCUGUACUACAUGAAAUCCUUUGGUUUGGCAUGAAGAUUCCAAUCAGAAUUGAACGAAUCCGUUUAUUCUUGGUUAGCAUUGAAGGCCUUGAUGACUCUUUAAAGCAUGCUGAAGACAAUCAGGCGAGAAUAAAGAUCCUAGAGAACUUGUUUAUUGAUCUGCGUGAUGUCAUUUCUCUGGCUAGAGACAGCGCUCGCACUGAAAAGCAAGAUCAGCUGCUUCUCUCAUACUUGUUAAGCAUCAGAAUAGAACGUACCUCACAGCGUAACUUGCUGCUUAUCAUGCAGACCAGGAAGCCUCAGGAUUGCGUCCGUCUCUUGGACAUCAACAUCCAACAGACUACCGAGUUGACCCAAAACGAGUCUAUUAAGGAUAAUGUAGAUGCCUAUAGGUACUAUGAGGGACAAUUGCGAGGUUAUCGCACGUUGAGGUCGUACUAUUUAGGCAAGGUGCAGGUUGCUCAGAAGAAGUGGAAGGAAGCAGCUGUGCUGUUUGAUUCAUCUUUUGAAACUGUUAAUAAGAUUAAUACAGCAAACUAUAUCUCAGAGUUGAAGGAACUUCUACAAAAAAUUAAGGACAAUGCUGCAGUGGAUACAGUUAACGCUCAGGCCAACUUUGUAUUGGAUCAGGAUGACCAACAGGGCAUCCAACUACCUCAGAAAGUCUACAAAAGUAAGAAACCACUUGUGGAAAGAUUGGAUGAGUUCAGAGAGGAGCCCCAAUUGCUCUCCAAAAAUCCGAACCUUGUUCCGGUACCUCCGGCUAUGGAGCCAGUACCGGCCAAGCCACUGUUUUACGAUUUGGCACUUAAUUUUGUGGAGUUUCCCGAUUUGUCAGAAAAACUGGAAGGAGGACAGCCUAAGAAGCAACAAGGGGCUGGUAUAUCUGGAUUUGUUAAAGGGUUGUGGGGAUGGGGUAGCAAGAAGUAAAUUGUUUGUGUAUGGCAUAUUAAUUACAGCACUUUGAAAACAAUGUUUUUAAAUAUAUACUAUAUCUUAUAUCUACGAACAUCUUAGAAGUAGCAUAUAAUUCAUACAAUAAUGUCAUCUGUGUUUUAAAGUUUGUUGGUCUUCCUUUCUUACUAUUACCAGCCACUUUUAUGUGACACUGAUGCUACAAGCUACAAUAAAAAACAACAGUUUGUAAUGACAUAUUUAUUAUCACAAAAAAUCAUUUUAAAAUCGAAUAUUUUAACACAAAAGAAAUUUUAUAAUACUCGACUAUUUAAAAAUGUUUUAUAACACAAAAUGUUUCUAACAAUAAGUAUUGAUCGACCAGCCAAAGAUUGCUAGGGACGAAAGGGGGAAAUGCGAUGAAAAAACCUUACCAUUAGACGAUUUUAUAUGGAGUCAUAGGCGGAGAUCGGAGAGACUUGAAUUAUUAAUUGAAUUUAUAUUUUAUUACAACUGGUAGUAUUAAUAUUUUUUUGCGAUUCAUAAUGACGUGAUACCAAACAUACAUUAUAAGAAAUAAAUAUACACAAACACUGAAUAUUGAGAACAAAAUAAAUAUAUUUUUUAGGCAACAAGUAAUAUUCCUAUGUACGCAUUAUGAUUGAACAGCAAAACAAAUUAUGCAUUCUUCUAAAAUAGAAUACAAGUCAAAAAUAUCUGACUGAAUAGAAAAAUAUAGGAAAACAAAAAGUAAUUUCUUGAUGAAAUAACCC